AUGCUAAGCAGAAUCUUUGUGACUGGAGGGAUCAUGCUGCUCGCCAUCGCGAUCGCGACGGAUGGAGCUGCCGUGGAUUCUUCUCCUCCUCCUCCUUCGUCGUGCGAUACCGCCAGGGCGAUCGAGGCGCUCCAAGAUUGCCGCGCAGCCGUGGAUGCGAAGACCGGGACGGGCAAGCCCAGCGCUGCGUGUUGCGAGGAGCUCAAGAAGGUCGGCAAGAUCUGCCUGUGCGCGAUCAUCAAGGAGCCACCCAGAGGAGUGGAAAUCGAGAAAAUGAGGAAGGUCCCGCCGCAAUGCGGGCUUCCAGGCCCCGACUCUUGCUAA